AUUAGGAUAAAAAGAAAAGAAAAAAGAAAAAAGGCAAGCUGGUAAAGGAAAAACCCCGCAAAUAAUGGAGGAGUGUGGAGAGCCAUUGGAUGUUGCAGAUGAGAGAGAGAGAAGGGGCAUGGAGAAUCCCAAUGCUUAGAGACACAGACAGCAGAGCUUGUUGUACAGUCUCACUAGUGAAUUAAACUAAUCACAAAACCAAACCCCAACCCCCUAUCCCCUAUCCCCCAACCCAACCCCCAUCCCCAAAUCCCAAACCCUUCUUCCUCCCUCACCUCACUUGCCCCAUCUUCCAAACCCAAUCUUUAACUCCCAACUUUCUCUUUCUAAUCAAACUGAGCAGAACCCUAAUCCCAUUUGCUCCCAAAAGCCUCAUAAUAACUGCGAUCUGAAGCACAACAGGAGAGAUUCCAUUCUAUUAUUGGAUCAAAACCCAGAUCACAGAAGCUUGGAUUUAGAGAGAGAGAGAGAGAGAGAGCUUAUGAUAGAGGACCCAUUAUCCCAAAUGUCUGAGGACGACGAUCGAUCUCCGCCUUUGGAUCCCGGAUGCCCGGAGAGCGUGACGGAGUCCUUGACCAGGACCCGGAACUGUUCUGGGAUAUCUGGGUCUGGGUCCGGGUCCGGGUCGACUUCGGUUGAGCUACAGGCGCCAUACCCGGACCAGGUACUGGAGAACGUUCUGGAAAACGUGUUGUGUUUCCUGACGUCGCGGCGGGACCGGAGUGCCGCCUCAUUGGUAUGCAAGUCGUGGUACAGGGCGGAGGCACUUACCCGAUCGGAGCUCUACAUCGGCAACUGCUAUGCUGUAUCGCCCCGACGCGCCACUGCUCGGUUCACCAAGAUUCGGUCCGUGGCGAUCAAGGGCAAACCUAGGUUCGCCGACUUUAACCUCAUGCCUAGCAAUUGGGGAGCCCACUUCUUGCCCUGGGUCGCGUUCAUGGCCAAGGCUUAUCCCUGGCUGGAGAAGGUUUAUCUCAAGCGCAUGUCCAUCACUGACCAUGAUCUCGCUCACCUUGCUAAGUCCUUCCCUGGAUUCAAGGAGCUCGUCCUCGUUUGUUGCGAGGGUUUUGGGACUUAUGGCCUCGGCGUGGUUGCCAGUACUUGCAGACAACUGAGAGUGCUUGAUCUGAUUGAAUCUGAGCUUGCGGACGAUGAAGAGGAUUUUAUAGAUUGUUUUCCAGAGAGCCAUACCUGUCUCGAAUCUCUGAUUUUCGAUUGUGUAGAUUGCACUGUAAAUUUUGAGGCAUUGGAGGCUCUGGUGGCUAGGUCUCCACGAUUGAAAAAACUUAGGCUGAACCAGUCUCUUUCUAUUGGGCAACUUUACCGCAUACUGAUCCGAGCUCCACAACUCACACAUCUAGGAACGGGGUCAUUUAGCACAUCCGAUGGCAUGAUUCAGGGUGAACAGGAACCAGACUAUGCCUCUGCUUUUGCCGCUUGCAAAUCUUUAGUUUGUCUAUCAGGGUUCAGGGAAAUCAUGCCAGAGUUCUUACCUGCAAUCUACCCAGUCUGUACUAAUCUCACUUCUCUGAACUUCAGCUAUGCAGAUAUCAAUGCUGAGCAACUAAAACCAGUCAUAAGCCGCUGCAUUAAGCUUCAAACUUUAUGGGUUCUUGAUACAAUAUGUGAUGAAGGGCUACAGGCAGUUGCCGCAGCUUGUAAAGAACUUCGAGAACUUCGGGUUUUCCCUUUUGAUGCUCGCGAGGAUAUCGAGGGACCUGUUUCUGAGAUUGGUUUGCAAGCUAUUUCUGAAGGUUGUAGGAAACUGCAAUCUAUUUUGUACUUCUGUCAGCGCAUGACAAAUGCAGCUGUGGUGGCCAUGUCAAAGAACUGCCCUGAUCUGGUUGUAUUUCGUCUCUGUAUAAUGGGAAGACUCCGACCAGAUCAUUUGACAGGUCAACCCAUGGAUGAAGGAUUUGGAGCUAUUGUUAUGAACUGUAAGAAGCUGACCCGUCUUGCUGUCUCUGGAUUACUGACUGAUCGAGCUUUCAGUUAUAUUGGAGAAUACGGCAAAUUAGUUCGAACCCUCUCCGUUGCUUUUGCGGGUGACAGUGAUGAGGGGCUGAAAUUCGUGCUAGAGGGCUGUCCUAAACUGCAAAAGCUUGAGAUCAGAGAUAGCCCAUUUGGAGAUGCAGCACUGCGCUCUGGCUUGCAUCAUUAUUACAACAUGAGAUUUCUAUGGAUGUCUUCGUGUAGGUUAACCCUUCAGGGCUGUAGGGAGAUUGCUCGAGAAAUGCCUCGGUUGGUAGUUGAGGUUAUGAGAGAUGAACUAAGGAUUGAUGACAAUGACGACGGCCCAGGUGAUAAUGUUCAAAUUUUAUACAUGUAUCGAUCUCUUGAAGGGCCGAGGGAUGAUACUCCUGAGUUUGUUGAUAUCCUUUAGAGUUUGGCUACAAGAAAUUGGUUCAAGUUUCCUAUGGUGACUUGCAAAGAAAAGGAACUUUUCCUGUGGGAAAGGUCAAAUGCUGCAGGUGACUUUUGUAUAAGCCUGCUGCAAGUGGUUCCUGCAAUUACAAAAGAUGAGUUAACAACUUCUGUUCCUGAGCUGGAUUUUUGCAGUGACAUUCAUGGGGUAAGUAGCAAUGGCAUCGAAAAGAGCACUGUAGAAAUAUAUCUUUUUCUUCUAUGUUUUGGUUCUUCCGGAGGACUCAGAGAAGGGGGGCUAACGCAGAGGAUGAAGGUCUCUGUAUGGUAUUAUUGGAUCAUCCAUUGUUGUAUUGUAAGCUUCUUAGUUCUUAAUUUUUCACCUUUCUUUUUGCUUUCAUAUUCAUUUGAUCAUAAACAACGGCUGCUAGAAGAGAGGAGGAGGAGGAGGAGGAAAGGAGAGAAGGGGGGGGGGGUUACCACCAGCUUAGAAGAUUGAUAGAACUGCAACAAUUUUCUCAGAGGAUGUUGUUCAUCAUUAAGUUAAAGAAAUGGAGAGAUUGGUCUUGAAGUGGAGGUUGAGAAAGGUCUUUAGUCAUAGAGUUCUCUUCCGGUAAAGUGAAAGCAAGUAUCAACUCUUUAAAGAAACAUAGUUUAUCUAUUUUGAUUCAAAUGGUAGUUAGUUUAAGCUGUAGCCGGUGAGAACUAAAUGCGCAGACUGAUACAUCUUCCUCUCUCCUUCUCUUUCUAAGUGUUUGUUCUUUUCAGAUGUGUUGUUUUAGCACCUGACUGUUGAAUUUAUUAUUGUUAUUGUUAGAAAAAUGUGAUAUGGGUAAUAAAUGCCAAAAUAUGCAUGGACCAUAUAUUCCCAUAUACUUGGUGGGACUCUCUCGCUCUCUCUCUCCUCAUCUGAUCAAAACUGAUAGUGAGGUUCAUUAAUGAAGUAUAGAAAGUGUUUGAAGAAAGUACACACCUUACAGAACCACUUAAACGUGUGAGUUUCCAAUCUCCAUAACACCUAAGAAAUCCUUUGCCACUUUCUCAUGUUUUUGAUUGUCUCAUCUCUAAUCAGUUAUGAAAACACCACGCUGUGUACCGGAUUUUAGUUUUCUUUUUUUAUAGAGCUGCUGAACUCUAUUAUUGAUUGAUCUUA